AUGGGAUAAGAAUAAAGUACAACUGAAAAGACAUAGGAGUACAAAUAAUUUCUAUUGCAAUACUCCUAAGAAAGAGAGGCUACACAUCCUUAAUUUGGGCCAAUUAAAUUGUUUACACACAUUUAAACUAAUGAAUAAGUAUGUCUUAAGAAGUAUUUUACUAAAAGUGACAAAGAAUUAUCCAACCUAGUGACUCAUCUCAGAUAAAGAAACGCAUUUGAAUAAGACAACUUGCUUAAAAUACUUGCAAUACAUCAAUAAGAUUAAAUAAAAAUCUGUUCUGACCAGACUUCAAUAGCCAUAAUUAUUUAAUAUUACUAAGAAAACUUAUCAAGUGAGAUCAACAUAAGAAGACUUAACAAUAAGCCCUACAAUGAGGGACAUAUUUGGAUUCUUUUACAAUAAAUUAUUGAUCCAUGCACAUAUUUAUCAGAAAGAAAUGUUGUUCAUGGGGAUAUCAAACCUUCUACACUUUAUUUAGAUGAGAAUGGAUGCAUUAAAAUAGCUGAAUGCAGCAUGCUUAAAGAUGAAAUCAAUGGAUAUUAAAAAAUGAUACUAAGUUAGGACAAAGCGUAUCUUUCUCCUAUUCUGCUGAAGUAAUAUAAAGAAUUGAUCGUAACUCCUACUCAUGAUCCAUAAAAAAGCGAUAUUUAUGCUUUAGGACUGACUGCUUUAAGUGUAAUCUUAAUGGAAGAAGUUUAUGAUUGCUUUGAUUAUAUUAAAGGUAUUGUUUUAACAGAUAAAUUGGAACAAAAAUUUAAUCGAAUAAAGUAAUUGGGGUACUCUUAAAUCUUGAUUGAAUUUAUCAAACAGUUAUUAUUAAAUGAUGAAUAGGAGAGACCUUCCUGGCAAAUGCUUAAAGAUUUCAUUGACAAAUAUAGGGAUAAAAUUUACAACAUGAUACCUUUCUACUAAAACCAUUUAAAUAGUUCAAAGUCCCCUAGAUAAUCCAAUCAAUUUAAUAUAUCUCCCCUGAGAUAGAACAUGAUUUAUCUUCCACUCAAUAAAUUGUAGCAAUAGUAGUUUUUAAGUUCUUAACAAUUCAACACAAACAGAUCAGAGGGAAAGCCAAAAUAUGUACAAAUAAGUAAAGAAAAUUACUGA